AUGCUUAAUUACAACCAGAUGGUUCAAGUGUGUCAAAACAUAUCGGGACAACUACUCAAUUUUACGGAUAGCAAUAAUGAAACACGUUGCGCAUGUCUUCUUAUCACAUCCUCAUCGAAAAGAUUGCCUCUAGUCGUCUGGCUUCAACCAUCAAUUGUUUACCCGACGUCAGUGUACGACACGAACUUCACAGUCGAAGCAUAUACUGCCAACCUAACGGGUACGAUCAGGGGUCCUUCUGGUUAUCAUUUACUUCUUCCAGCCGCUCGAAUCACGAAAAAUUUCGAAUGUGGUCUUAUUAAUUGUAUCGCUUGGGAUACUUGGUAUCGAAAUUUUAACCGAUCUGACCCGAAGAUGAACGUGGAUGUUCAAGCAAUCGACUAUUUUAUUAAUCAUACAGUAUACCAUAUGUCCAAUCUUCAUGUUGAUUCGACUCGUGUAUUUCUAUCUGGUUGGAGCAAUGGAGCCUCGAUGGCAUUGCUCUAUGCGCUCAACACACCCAAUAUUGCUGCUGCUGCCGUAUAUUCAUCAACCAAUCCUUAUCAAAACGACAAUGAUCCAUGCUCACAAACACCCAAUCCAUCGAAAAAUACAUCAGUACUCGAUUUAGUCAAUCAGUGUGAUUCUACAGGUAUCUGUGUAGGGGGCCAAGAAUUCAUUGUUGACUUGCAGAAUCUCUAUAAUAGUCACCUGAAUUAUCAAUUUAUCAGUAUGAACGGAUCUUCUAAUCUUAUGCCGAAGCCGCCGUGUAUAAAUUGUACAGAAUGGGCAGGUUUGGCUAAUCACGAUCGAUGGCCUGUCAAUCUCAAUAACCAAAUAUUUUAUGGCUUUUUUCGAAACAAUACAUCACAUUGA